AUGAGUGAAAUUCAACAAAUGAUAAAUAAUAGAUAAACCAUAAUUUAUUGAAUCAGUGAACAGGACAACAUGACCUCGAUCUCGGAUCAUUUAAUAAAAAUAAAAAAUGUUAUCAUUUAAUUUUUAGAGUGUCACUUUUCAUCAGUUAUUGUUCAACUCUUCACUUUACUAGGACGAGAAAAUUUAUUUGUUAAAAAUGUUCGACAAAAAAUGUUUAUUUCUUGUUGUUUUGGUUGCAUUUAUAAGUUUGGUUGUUACUGCACCUUCAGGGGGUGCAUUUUGUUUCGGUCAAAGAUGUCCUCCAACAACUACAGGAUGUAUGAAACAUCGUGAAUCUACAAAAGAUUUGAAAUCCUUGGAAGUCACAAUUCUGUGUUGGCGCAACAAAGAGAUACUUGAAAACCAUACGAGCCUAAUACCAAAUCCUUUUGAAAGCUUUUGGGCUGAUACCGAAUCCGAUGCUACUUUCACGAUAGGAAAAGACGGAAAAUUGAUUCCAAAAUUGGUCAGUGAUAACAACAGUAAUUGAAACACAUCUUGAAAACAACCCCUAGUUAUUCCCAAUUCUCAGUUCGUGAGCAAUGUGUUAUGAUAUAAAACAAUCACAAUUUUUAUUUUGUGUGAAUUAUUGAAUUUUAAAUUUGUUCUUGAAUAUAUAUUUUUUUAUUUUUCUUAUUAUUGGAUGCAGUGAGAACGUGUGUUGGAAUAAAUAUGUUCUGAAGCGUU